AUGUGUUUGGAUGGCUGUAAGAAAGGGUUUUUAGGUAGUUACAAACCAUUCAUUGGGGUAGAUGGUUGUCACUUGAAGACAAGUUAUGGAGGUCAGUUGUUAGUUGCAAUAGGAAGAGACCCUAAUGACCAAUAUUUCCCAUUAGCUUUUGCUAUGGUAGAAAAUGAAUGCAAAGACACAUGGAGGUGGUUUUUGACACAGCUGCUUGAUGAUAUUGGAGGCAUAGAUUAUCAAAGUAUGCUUGCAGGGAUUAAUGUCAGUUUUCGACGAUAUCUUGAAUGGAGUGGAACACAGGAUGUGUUUACGCCAUUUGUACAAAAAUUACAAGAAAAAUUUGGUGGAGGCCUGCUCAUUAGAGACCUUAUGAUGGGGGCUGCCAAGGCAACAUACUAUAAGGAAUGGGAAAAAAAUGGGUGUGAUGUGUUGAUCAAUAACUUGUCAGAGUCAUUUAAUAGUACUAUUUUAUUGGCAAGAGACAAACCUAUAAUUACAAUGAUUGGAUGGAUUAGGUCAUACAUAAUGAGUAGGUUUGCAAGCCUUAGAGAAAAAGUUGACACAUAUCCUGGUGAUGUUAUGCCUAAACCGAGGAAAAGGUUGGACAGGGAGGUUGAAAAGAGUGGGAAUUGGCUUCCAGUUUGGGCAGGGGGUUCACAAUUUGAAGUAACUCAUGGCUUUACAAUGGACAAGUUUGUAGUUGAUUUAAGUAAUCACACAUGUGCUUAUUACUUUCGAGAUUUGGUAGGAAUACCAUGUAGACAUGUUGUUGUUGCCAUUCAUUACAAAUUAGAAAACCUAGAACAUUAUUUUCAUCCUUACUAUAAGAAAGAUGCCUAUAGAACUUGUCAUGCACCUAUUAUAACUCCUAUCAAUGGACAACAACUUUGGCCUACAUCUGACUCUCCACAACUACUACCUCCCAUUUACAAAACACCUCUUGGGAGGCCAAAAAAAUUAAGAAGACGAGAAGCUAAUGAAUAUGUCAGUCAUUCGAAAUUGUCAAAGAAAAAUAUUGCUAUGAGAUGUAGCACUUGCAAUGCAUAUGGACACAAUGUAAGAAGUUGUAAAAAGAGCUAG